CACAGGGACCAUAUUGAAGGUAGAGUAACACAAGCUUGAUAUUUAGUCCAUUAUUAAGCUGUUUACUCUCCACAGGGACACGGCAGCAGCUCUGACUUUGAAGGGAUUUGAUUUGCUUUUCCAAGUGCAAGAUGAUUUUGCUCCUGAUGAUUUUCUUCUUGAUAAAUUACCAUGUAGCUGAAUGUCACGAUCGUAGCAGUGAUUCAGACAGUGAUGAGGAUAGAACGAGUUCUAGUCAGUCCAGCAGUGAGUCUGACAGUUAUGAGCGGUGGCAUCACAAUCCUUCCUGGAUCGACUUGCCUUUCUGGCAUCUGUUUCCUGGCCUGUUCCCACCGCCGCCACCUGCUCCGGUCCCUCCUCCACCACCACCACCCCCAAAACCAAAAACUACCACAACCACAACCACAACCACAACUACGAAGACCACCCCGACCACACUUGCUCCUACCACAGAGCCGAGAGGAGACAGGGGCUGACCUGUGCUGAUAUGAGAACAGAAAGGCUAUACUCCAUGGCGUAGAAAAAUAUAUAUGAAUUUUGUAUUUGAUUUUGCCUUUCAGAUAAUCUAUGAUUUUUAAAGUGACAAUUGAUUGAUUUUAUUGACAGCACAAAUGCAUUUGUUGGCAUAUUUUUACUUUUCAGUAUUGGUUCAGCAACCUUCACGUCUCUGCUUUCAUGGUUAUUACUCUUGAUAUAAAUUUAUAUGCAUAGUAUCUUGUGUCUUAAUCAUCAUCACAAUAUAAAAUGUAAAGCAUGUUGUAUAAAUGUAUGUAUAAAACAUAGGCAAGACUUUAGUAACUAUAAUUCUUGUCACCUGGAGACAACUGGUGGAGCCAACACACACACAUACACCGCUGGAUCAAGUUAGCUUAAGAGAGGGAUGAGGGUUAAGCCUAUAAUACCCAAUUCUUAGACUGCAUCUUUUUUUUAUAUAUCAUGACUCAGCAUUUUUACCGCACUGCACUGCUGAAACCUUGACAGACAAUACUGUAUGUUACACUGCAUUCACAUUUAUGUCCAAUGUGUUAUGUAUGUGUUUUGCACUUCCCAUUUUGAAUGUAAGACUGUUUGUCCAUGUUGUUGCUGCUGCUGUACCAAACAUGAAAGAAUGUAUACAUAGAUCACAUGUUCCAAUAUGCUCUGUAUAAAUACUGCACUAGAACAUUUUGGUGGAUUUUCAUACUCUCCCAGCCUUAUACCCUGGAUAAAGUGUGAGCAUCUGUCUGUCUGCAAACACCUGUAACCCUGGAGACAACACAAGCCAAUAAAG